CACUCUUUCAUCCUCUUUACGUCCAACUCGUUGGGCGAAUAUAGGUUAUAUAGCGUGAACCACGUUUCGCGUCGUAAAGACUUAAAAAAUGCGUUACGUGGCCGCUUACCUGUUAGCUGUUUUGGGAGGCAAAGCCUCGCCAAACCAAAGUGAUAUCGAGAAGAUCCUAUCUUCCGUCGGUAUUGAAACAGAUGGCGAGAGAUUAAAGAAUGUCAUUUCAGAAUUGAAUGGAAAGUCUGUUGAAACAUUAAUUGCUGAAGGACGCGAGAAAUUAUCAUCAGUGCCAGUUGGUGGAGCAGCUGCACCUGCUGCUGCUCCCGCUGGUAGUGCAGCUGCUCCGGUUGAGGAGAAGAAAGAGGAAAAGAAGCCUGCAAAGGAGGAAUCAGAAUCCGAUGAUGACGACAUGGGAUUUGGUCUGUUCGACUAAUUAUCCAUUCCUUGAUCAAGACUACGGAGAGGAUUUUAUUUUGCAGCAAGAGUGUAAACGAGAGACCUGACAGUACAGAAAUAUUCUUAUGUACAGUAUAUCUUUUGCUGGGAAAUAAAAUGAUUUUAAUUUA